AUUUAACACAAAGAAACAAAAACGAAAGAAAUUGUGUGACAUGGCGGGGAUUAAAGCUCUGGUUAGUUUGUCCUUCAGCGGUGCCCUUGGGCUGACCUUUCUGUUUCUCGGCUGUGCGUUGGAGCAGUUUGGAGUCUAUUGGCCUCUGUUAGUGGUGAUCUUCUAUGUGAUCUCGCCGUUGCCGUACUUCAUCUCCACCAGGCUUGGAGAUGACACUGAUUCCUCAAGCAAUACAUGCAGGGAACUCUCACACUUCCUCACCACGGGGAUUGUGAUCUCAGCUUUCGGGCUGCCUAUCGUACUGGCACGCGUAGAAUUGAUCAAAUGGGGAGCCUGUGGCCUGGUGAUGGCGGGAAACGGUGUCAUCUUCAUCACCAUCCUCGGUUUCUUCCUGGUGUUUGGCGGCGGUGACGACUUCAGCUGGGAGCAGUGGUAAAGCCGUGGCCAAGGAGGGGUUGCCAGGUUGAGAGGAAAUCAAAUAUUUGCUUUUGUAGAGGAGAGGGAAGUGGGUGAAAUAUGGGAAUGUUAAGGCCAAGCUUCACUAGUAAUGUUAAUGGAAGUGUUGUUGAGGGAGGGAGAGUGAUGGGGAAAGAAUGAAAGAACUUCAGUGUCCCUUGUGUGUUUCUGAGUCUCGAUUUAAAUCAUCACACUUCUUACUAUAACUGACAUUAAUUUCUGGCCGGGUUAAUGUAGGACACUUCACAUAAGAUUUCACACUAGAUUCAUAAUCAACUCUUAUUUUCAAAUCAUUGCUUUAAUAUUUGUGUUCUUUUACUUUUUUUAAUAACUAUAAUCACAUGUUUACUGAAUUAAAAUAGUUAAAACAGCUAGAACAUUCCAGAUAAAUCCCCAAAAAAGUUACACAAAUGUGGGUACAUUUAAAUACAAAAAUUUUCUUUAAAAACACUUGCUGACGUAAAGCAUAAAGGAUCUCUGUGUCGAGACAAAGCUUCUGUCAUAUCAAUAUGUCAAAA